GUUGACUGGGUUCGAGAUGUUGGGCGGGAUGAUAUAUGCCAUCCUUAACGAUGACGAGCUGAGGGGUUUCCACGCGCAGGACAACGAUGUGGAUCCUGAGAGCAGUGGGACACGUUCACGGUCAAGAGAACUUCUCAUUCGCGUUGAAGCAGAAGCAGAGCUAUAGUGUUGGAAGAGGGAAGGAAUGUCAGAUCCGAUUCGAAGAUGCCAGAGUCAAACCGCUUCAGGGGCACAUUGUGGUAGAUACAUGGGAUCCGACGAGUCCCGCCACUCAGCCCAAGCUGCGUUGGAAAUCUGAACCCAGCAAGAAAGGUGUCUUCCCAGCUUUCAAGACCAUCUUACCUUCCGAUCUGGACUCUCAACAGUCAGACGACCUGUCAGAAUACGAUCAAGAAGAGAUACCAGAAGGUACACAGGGAGUCUUUCUGCAUGAAAAUUUAGGUCAGGGGAUCGUCCUCUCUGAAUCAUCAUGGUUCACUGUCCAUUGGGAAUCGAUCGAUCUAUGUUAUGACAAGUUCAAGGAUGAGUCGGAGGGGACGAUGCAAUUAUUGAGAGACUACUGCAUACCAUGGACUCAAUCAUUCGACGCUGCUACACCGCCAUCUCUGGUCCUCUCCCUUACGUUCAAGAAUACGACGGAAUGUAAUCUGGCAGUAUGUUACGGCGUUCAGAUCGUCACUCCGGCGUACCUCUUAGCCCUCACCCAAAAGCUCAAUGCAUGCUGGAAACUCGUUGCGGAUCAUCAAGAUAGCUUCUCUAUACCUUCUGCUGACCUGCCAAAUUUCCAACCGACCUUGGAUCCAUCUUUACCCAAAUCUCGGGCCCUGAUCGAUUGUUGGCUGCCUGAUCAAAAGAGACGAACCCUAUUUGCAGGCUGGAAGAUUCUAGGUCUUCGGAGCAAAGUCGCGCCUUCCGAGAAACGAUACCUCUUAGCGAUGGGAGCAGAUUACACCGAGAUUGAUGCGGUAAUUCCCCCGCUAUUGACAGCGAGAGACUUUGCGGAUCGGAUCAAAGACUGGCUCAAGACGCUCAAUGGGUCGCAAGGCAUCGUCGUCUACUUUCUCAAGGUCAAAGAGGAGCUAGCGAAAGCAGGAGGUGAUUUCGACUCGGUCAUAGCCUCGACGUGCAAAGCUCUCAAGCUGUAUCUUGCUUCCGGAGCUAUCUGUUGGGGAGCUGUAAGGGUCGGCGGAGUGUUGGAGUACAUCGAGUCCGUGUCGGGACAAAAGAUCCCUCAGCCAGUGACAAACCCUGUAGCUAUGGCCCCACCGGACUUGCCUACGCCUAUGCCAUCUCAAGCGGCACCUCCAUCCAGCUUUGCAACCGACAGACCAGAUUUCAUACCUUCAACCUUUCCACAGGAGACUGAAGGUGCCGGACCAAAUUCAACACAGCCGACGUCGUGGAUUGCAACGACCAGAACAGAGCCCGAAGCACCGAUCAAGCCCGCUCAAACGCCGGCGGAGAGUGCCAGUUCUGGUGAAUCUCAAGGGACCCGACAGGUGAAGAAGCCCCUGAGGAAACGCGCAGCGGGUGCUGCUGCACGCAAAGUGGACCUAUUUGCAGAUUUGAGCAUGGACUCUGGAGUACCUGACGUACCUAUGCCAUCCCAACCGCCGGCUUCGCAACCGAGAAUAAACCUGGAGAGCCAGCCGGUCCUCACGCAGCCGACUCAAGCUAGCGGUGCCAAGGGUCGGCUCAAACGUAGAGCAGGAGUUGAAACCCAGGCAUCUCAAUUUGACUUUGACGUGGAUCAAUCAUACUAUGCGGAACAGGAAAAAGCAGAGAAAGAACGAGAGAUCCGCAAACUCUAUGAGGAGACGAAGGCGGAAUCGGCAAUUGGACUUCCUGGCCCUUCAAAGAAGCGCAGAAUUGGCUCCAGGGCGCCGAGUGCGGAGUCGGACGUCGUCUCGAUCGAGGCACCGGCUACUCAACGCGCGACAGGGCGGACCACAGAAUUAAUAGAUCGCAUCAUGGAGAAUGAUGGUGGUGAUGAUGAUGACGACGUGACGAUGAUGGAGGAUCCGCUUCAAAAGACUUUACGACUUGCUCGAGAAGCCAAAGCUCAGGCUCAACAGAACGUGUCCGCUUCUACGAACGAAAAUCAUACUGCGGGACCAUCUCGAACUCGGCGAACACAUGUGCCGAGCGAAGAGCCGGAGGAGGUGGAAGACAGGACGAUCAGAGCCUCUUCGAUAGGCGUCCCGAAGACCGAGCCAUCACCACAGAAGCUUAAGACUGGUACCAAAGCGUUUAAGAGUACCACGACUACUUCAAAAAAGAGUCACGACGACUUCCAGGCACAAAAUGCACCUACCAAGGACGAAAAAUUCCUGACGGCCAUCGCGACGGCCUCAAGGUCAAAAGCACCGGUCGACGAACUAGAUCGAGAAUUCAAUAAUUUGCGUAUUCCCAAACCCUCCAAAGCCAAACCGUCCCUCGCACCUCAAGCGCUGAACUCCACCACAGAUCAUCCUGAUUGGAAUCUCGUCGAUCAAUUCGACGAUGAUUUGCGGGGCAACUUCAUCCAGAUUGUCAAGGUUGACCUGUUUCGUAAAGAUGGAGGGAAGAUCAAGGAGACGAGAGUGGACGAUGGAAGACCAAAUUUCAAAAAGUUCAAAAAGAAAAACGUGAUUCGCCGCGAGCCUAUGCAGCUUGUUCUGGCUGCUCCGACCACUGAAGAUGCAGAGAUGGGCGAGGCCUACUGGCCAACGCAGCAUUCCAAAGCCACGAAAAGAGUAUUUGCCUCGCAGAUCCCUUCGACUGUGCCAGAUGACGAGGCUGAAAUGCCACUACUGCCCCGCCAGCGCAAGAAGCGAUUACUGAGCGUUGCUGAAGAUGAUGAUGAUGAGGAUUCGGGGCCAAGUGGAUCUUUGGCGACGGUUUCCGGUACUUCUAGACGGAGGGCUGCUGCGACUUCGACCAAGAGGGAUGGGGGAGUGAUGACAACGACUCAGCCCGCGCGCAGGACUCGAGCGACGAGCACUGUCUCUGAAGUGUCUAGUGUCGCUCCGCCCACCCGUGGAGCCCGCUCAACCGUAGAGACAUCCACUUCCCGUCCAAAGGGCAGAAAGAACGCCCCCAUGGAUGUGGACGUACAGGAGAUCCAGGAUUCGGAAGACGAGAUAGCCCUGGAUCUCGGCAAAACGCCAAAUACGACUCAUUCAUCUCGUCGUGGAGGGACUCGAGGAGCGACGAGCACGUUAGAAGGUGUGGAUAUGCCGCCUCCGAGUCGAUCUUCUAGAACUCCCCAGUUCGAUACCGGGACCACCACGAAUCCCUCGAGAGCCAGUAGAUCGACGGUAUCGGCUGCUGGAGUAGCGACGCAGAGUAAAGUCGGUACUGCUACCCCUGGGACUGCUCGAGCGAGUGGAAGAGCCGUGAGGAGGUUGUUAGUGGAUGAUGAUGAGGAGGACGGGGCAGAGCAGACUACUCUGCGAGGUUUAACGAAGAAAAGACGUUUAUGAGCUGUGCCCCGACUGAUCCUCAGCCUCCCUCAUCGGAUGUUGUAGAGUUGUAGAUACGAACAUGGCGAGCAGCAUGUCUCAUCCAUAUCUUCCCCCACUUUCAGGUCCUGCAGGUCAUCGGGGUCAGUGCCGAUGACCAUUUUCGGCCGGGUCGUGCAGAGAGAUCUUCGGCUAUUCGGCCUCGCAGAUUCGGCCUAUUACAGCUUCGGGCCCUUUUAUGCACCAUGCAGUAAAAUACGC